GCAAACUUUCUACUUAAUUAAUCAUGGCUUUCUUCUCCAUGAUCAAGGCCCUUCUCCUUUGCAAUACUUCUCUCUCACUCCUUCUCACCACCCCUGCCUCAGGCAAGGGCUUCAACUACUUGCUCAGUGGUGACCGCCUCAACGCAGGCGAAGCCCUCGAAGUGGGUGACUACAAGUUUAUUAUCGAAAAUGAUUGCAACCUCUCCUUCUACAACUUUGGGACAGAGAAAUGGUCUUCGAACACCAAAGGUCUUGGUAAAGAUUGCUACCUCACCUUAAAUAGAAUCGGCGAACUCAAUAUUAUUAACAAAAAAGGUAUUAUCAUAUGGAAGACAGGAACUAAAGGGAAAGAUGGAAACUAUAUCCUCAUACUACAAAGGAACCAUGAAGUUGCUAUAUACGGUCCAAGCGUUUGGUCUAAUGACAAUAAUAACUAUGAAUCUGACGAUGUUGUCGUUGCCACUGCACUUAAUGGGACAAUAGGAGUUUCAAGCCAAGAGCAGAAUAACGUGAGGGAAAUGGGGAAAAUAAUGGAGGUUAUGAGUGAUGCAUAGUCUGGGUUUUAUAUUUAUGCGUAUUAAUGAAUAAUGAAUAAGACAUGCAUGCGUGUGAGUGCUGGAUGAAUGGGUUUAUUAUCUCAAGCAUGUUUUUAAUUUCCUUGUUCUGUGUGUGUUCUUAUCGUUGAAAUAAAAUGGAAGUUUGUCCUUGCAUGUCUUGUAAGCUUUUAAUGGAGUUGUUGUAGAAACUGCUUAUCUAAUAUAUUAAUUUCCCCCCUUCUAAUGGUUUGAACUUUAAAAAAUAAAUGA